CAUCUAAGAAACGUACGAGACAAAAAUGUUAUUCAACAAUUUCUGUAUCAAUAUUUUAGUGAACUUUAUUAUUAACAACUAUCAUAAAAAUAGUCGAUGUCUUCUAAUAUUCACUGAUGGGGAUUUUGACUAUAAGGGAGAGAUACCGACCGUUCGAAUUAAAGCAACUAAUGGCUCUUUCAACUCCUAUUUAAUUUUCAAUUAUCACGGGUGCCAAAGUGUUAUAAUUUAUACGAGUAAUGUGACGGCUUUGUUAAUCAAAUUUGAAACAGAAAUACGUCUCAAGAUGGAAAGAUUCAACGAACGGAAAUUUCUAAUAGUUCCUCAAAAUCCUUCCGAAGAUUUUGAUAAGUUUUUUAAUCUUAAACAACUAUAUUUUAUUAGCGACCUUUUACUGGUGUUACCUACACACAAUGAUACAAUUUUUGAUUUAAAGACGCACAAAUAUGUUGGCGUUAUAGACAAUAACGAACCUGUGCUUCUAGAUAGAUGGUUUUCCCAAAAUCAAAGUUUUCUGUUUGGUAAAAAUUUGUACCCCAACAAACUGCAAAACCAACUAGGAAGGCCUCUAAAAAUGGCCACUUUCACAUACGAACCUUAUAGUAUUAUUGGGAAGUCAGUUGGAGAGCACCACGGUUCUGAAUUGAUGUCAGCGGUUCAAUUCGCUCUCAAAUAUAACAUGACACCAGUCCCAGUAAUUAACGAGAAAGACUAUUGGGGUGAUAUUUUCCCCAACUGGUCGGGAAAUGGCCUUUUGGGGAACCUGGUGGAUGACAAGGCAGAUGUUGGAUUUUCCGCACUUUAUACUUGGGAAUUUUGUUAUCAUUUUUUAGAACUUUCAAAACCUUUGGUGAGAACUGGAAUAACUUGCUUAGUGCCAGCACCCAAGUUAUCAGAACGGUGGUUAACUCCACUCUUUUCUUACUCCUCCUAUCUUUGGUUUUGUAUCAUAUUGACACUUGUGAUCGCUAUUUUUGUCUUAUCACUCGUAUUGUUUUGCUACAAUCACAAUAAGACGCUCAAUUUGAAUUAUCCUUUAAAACGUAAAACCACCUACAUUCAUUUUCUCGAGUCAGCAGUUACCAUUGUUUUAAAACCAGUUUUUCAACAAUCUUUAACUUUGAGAGAGUUACCAAUUGAAAUUGCAAGCAAACUCUUAAUGGGUUUAGUGUUACUUUUAGCUUUAUUCUUAACUAGUAGUUAUGGCAGUGGUCUUGCGACAGUUAUGACGAUUCCAACAUACGAAAAUGCCAUUAACACUGUUGAAGAUUUUGCCAACAGUGGGCUCGAUUGGGGAGCUACACAAGACGCUUGGAUUAUGUCAAUACAAAAUGCUGAAGAGCAGCGUUAUGUCAAAAUCGUAAGUAAAUUCCAUCCCAUAUCGGAAGAAGAGCUAUUCCAGUUUUCAAAAAGUGGAAAAUUUGGAUUUUCAAUUGAGCGUCUCCCGUUUGAAGACUACGCUAUCGGAGAUUACAUUAAAGAAGACGUGAUUGAUAACUUUCAUUUAAUGAAAGAAGAUCUCUACUGGGAGCAGUGCGUUAUAAUGUUGAGAAAAAAUUCGGUUUUGUUGCCCGCUCUUGAUUUGUUUAUUUUAAAAAUUUUCGAAGCAGGUUUAAUCUCACAUUGGCAAAACGAGGCCGUUGAUUUAUAUAUGAAUCCCAAAGUGCAACGGGCUGUAAAGUUCUACAGACAGGGGCAGGAACAUACAGUUGUAAAGCUCCAAUGGAGUCAUGUGAAAGGCCCUUUUGCUCUUUUGCUUAUCGGACUUUGUAUUAGUUUCAUAAUUUUUAUACUAGAGUUAACGCUUAAGAAGAAACGUAACCAAUUCCUAUUUGUCAUAUAGGUUCUUACGUCAGUUCUGAUCAGACAACUACACUUUACGUGUGUUGUUACGUACUUCGGACUUAUCAAUAAACUUAGCAAAUUGUAGAAUUUUUCUAGAAAAUUGCAAAUCAGGGCUUUACAGGAUAAACACUGGUAUUAUUUGUCAGUUUAUUGCAAUAAUUUUAAGCAAUAGUGAAAAACUAAAUCACUAUCGGUAGGAAAAAAGAAUAAUAUCUCAUUAAAUCUUAACUCAAGAAAAGUUGUAAUAUUUAACUACUUUCAUUUUACCAUCAGUUAAACCAUGUAAUAACAAAAUGUAUGUAUUCGUUACGUUUAAUAAGAGAAUGUAAUUAAAAGAUCUACAGUCCAUAACAAUAGACACUAUGUAAUAAUUAUUAACUCCUCUCAACACAAUUAUUUCAAUUUUAAUGAACCUGUUUACAGUUAAUAUUAUUGUUGCAGUUUGUAAAGCUAACAUUGUGCGUAAAUUAAUUGUACAUACGUACCAUGAAAAAAUAAAAAAUACGGUUUCAAAUUCAGUUUAAAAAACAAAUCUUUAUACUACUUAAUAAAGAUAAAUUACUCAGUAGGAACCUAAGUAUUUCCAAAAAUUUGCAAAUAAAUUCUAAGACCAAAGUCAAGUUUAAAAGCAGACAACUGUGAACAACAUUCAAAGUAAAUUCAAGAAAAAAUUAUAAAAAUCAUUGAGGCUAAAACCUUGCCACUCGUACACCUAGAGUUUUUGGAAUAAAAAAUGAGUACACCUAUUUCGUAAUUCGUCCUAAAGAAAGUAAACACAUUGACUUUUUAAGAAAAUAAUUUAGCAUUGUUUUUUCGUUUUGCAUGUACGCAGAAUUUCAUAGCUCAUUAAAUUAUAAACGUGUGGUUAGCGGCUGCGGUCAUACAUGCGUGUUAUUGACACUAAAAUCAACCCAAAAAGCUCACGAAACAGAGGCUUUUUGUAAUAACUGUUUAAAAGAGUGUAUUUUGGCAAAAGACUAAAUGCACUCGAUAACAAUUGUUAUAUUAUGUGUAAUUAAUUGAAGAAGGUACUUACAAUUAUUUAUGUAUUUUAAGAAUACAUUUUUCAAAGUAUGGAUAUAUUCCAUCGAGUUUUAUAUGAAAGUUGUAAAAUAAGUAAACAAAAACACGAAAAAAUAACAAGGACAUUUUAAAAUAAUUAAUUAAAACACAGGACAUUACUUUACGAAAUACAUAAAAUAAA